CCAACUGAUGGCGAAUCGUUUGUUUUGAUCCUGGUUUUGAUUUUUUAUCGCGCGCGUGUCGGCAGUCUUAUUAUUUCAUCUAAUUCAGUAUUUUGUAAUUUGUAAUUUAUUGCUAACAAAACGAGAACCUGCCAGUCAUAUAACUAUACAUAUGACCAAGGUAGAAAAAAAAAUUCAAUUUGUUUUAUUGGUUGAUAAAAAGAAGAUUUUACAAAGUAAUGAACGUUUACUGAGUUAUCCUUCGGAGAAAUGGCUUCGGACGGGGAAACGGAACCUUCCGCUGAAUUAGACUUCGACACUCGUCUCCGGGCGGUGAGCCGUGAGUUGGGUGAGAUUCACGAGGAGCUGGCGCGGUUGAACGCUCGUAGGAAAAAGCUUGUGGAAUUAAAGGAAAAGCUGCAGAUCCAGAAACAGCAGGAAAAAUCGAACAUUAUUGCCAAGAAAGACUGGGACUCGGAGGAAUUCAAAUGGUCCGGUGAAGUUCGUCGAAUUCUAAAAGAUGUGUUCCAUAUGACCACCUUCCGGGCGCAACAGCUGGCCGCGAUCAAUGCGGUGCUGGCGAAAAAUAACGUUCUGCUGCUGGCCCCAACGGGAGGAGGCAAAAGUUUGUGUUAUCAGCUGCCGGCACUAGUUCUCAAUGGAAUUACGCUGGUCGUGUCGCCGUUGAUUUCGCUGAUGGAGGAUCAGGUGUGGGCAUUGAAGAAGCUGGGUGUCAAAGCGGAAUACCUCUGCGGAUCCACUGAUAAGGAUUUGGUCACUUCAGUGCAGAAAAUGUUGAGAGAUGGCAACGAUGAAUGCCUGAAGCUGCUAUUUGUAACUCCGGAGCGAAUCAAUAGGAGUGCCCGAUUCAAGACGGCUCUGCAAAAGUGUUACAACGCAAAAAAGCUAGCAUUAAUUGCUAUUGAUGAGGUUCAUUGCUGCUCCCAGUGGGGUCACGACUUCCGUUCGGAUUACAAAGAACUGGGAAUCUUUAAGACGCUCUUCCCGGAGGUUCCUAUGUUGGGUGUUACAGCAACUGCCACGACAAAAGUGAUUUCCCAUGUACAGAAGAUGCUGCAGCUGAGCGAUUCUCUGAUCCUGAAUGCCCCCUUCAAUAGGCCCAACCUGUACUAUCACGUUAAGGAGAAGCACAACGAAAAGGAGGACAUGUACGAUUGGCUGGCGAAUCUACUCAAGGAGAAGUACAACCGAAUGAGUGGCAUCAUCUACACUUUCUCGAUCAAGGAAACACAGGAAAUCUCGACAUCGUUGCUGCAGCGGGAAGUGAAAGUGAUGCCUUACUAUGGGCAAAACAUGGAUCCGAAGCAACGUAGCAAAACCCACCAAAAGUGGAUCGAUAACGAAAUUCAAGCUGUGGUGGCAACGACAGCCUUCGGGAUGGGAAUUGACAAGCCGGAUGUGCGAUUUGUAAUUCACCACACCUUAAGCAAGACCAUGGAGAACUACUACCAGGAGAGUGGUAGGGCUGGACGGGACGGGAAACGGGCGGAUUGUAUUUUGCUAUACCGGUUUGCGGAUGUGUUCCGCAUUUCGACGGUUUCGUUUGCUGAGCACGGCGGUUUGGACAAUUUGUACUCGAUGGUCAAGUACUGCAUCAAUGGAAAAGAUUGUCGUCGGACGCUCAUCUCUCGCCAUUUCGCUGAAGUGUGGGAUGAAACGCACUGCGAUAAGCUGUGCGAUCGGUGUUACUACCGGGAUAGGGUGCAACUUCCAGGACAGGACAUCACCAAUCAUUAUCAAACGCUGCUGGCCAUCAUUCGAAGAGCGGACACGCUGCAAACCAAGCUAACCGCUCUGAGGCUGAUCGAUGCCUGGUAUCACAAAGGCACUCCAAAGAAUCGUCUCGAAACUCCUCCCCCUCUGAUGGAUCGAUAUAUCGGUGAGCAGGUCGUGGCCUUUUUAAUCGUGAACGGUUACCUGAAAGAGGACUUUCAAAUCAAUGCUUUCACGACAAAUAGUUAUAUAAAGAAGGGGCCGGUUGUGCCCGGAAAUGAAGGUAUCCGCUUCCAAGGAGCGCGGGUACUUAAUAUUCCAAAGGAUUCCCUCAAAUCGAUUAUGAAAAACAAUACCGUCAACAUGUCGGUGCAUAAGAACGGUUCAUCGUCAGUGUACAAUGACUCCGAAUUAAUAUCUGUUUCCUCAAGUGCAAGCUUGCUCAGCAAUAGAAGCUCCAUUAUCAGCAGCACUCCAAAACGGAAAUCCACGAACAACAGCAGCACCGACCGGGAAGAUACCUUAUACACAAAAAGCGACACACAUCAGGCUGCCAUGAACAGUACGAUUACGAGUGGAGUCAGUCGAAAGUCAACAAGCAAACGGAAGAAGACUGAUUCCGUCGGAAGUUUAAAUGGAAGUCAACUGGACGAUUCGGACGUCUCUAAGCGCACGAAAAAAACCAGCACCGGUGCUUAUAAGGAAGAGCCGAAUCGAACAUUGGAGAAGGCAGACGAUAAUGUGAACGAAGACGACGAGGACGUUCUUUUCGUUCCAAACGAGGAGGAAAUCAUUGAAAUUCUUUGAUGUUAUUUUUUUAUUGCAAUGAAUUACUUUCUAC